AUACUCGUUCGGCGAUAAAAAUGGCAGACGAAUUCGAUGCGUGCGAAUGCUUCUGGAGUCAUGAAAUCGCUAUGAGGCGGUUGUUGUCACUGCUGCGCCAGGGACAGUCCUACUGCAAUGAUAACGAAUGUACCGACCUUCCCAGUCUUCCGAGCGCAACCGGUGGCACAAACUUUUUCCUAAUCAUCAUGGCCCUGAUUUUUAUGGCCGUCAUGUACGUGAUGAGGCCAGCGUCGAUGCGGCGAACGAACGACCUCAACAAGUCCCUACCGCCACCAUCGAACGAUGGUCCGAAUAAUGACGGUGCACCACCGUCCAUAUCCUGAAAGAUGAACCCCUUUUAGCUGCCAACGUGAAAAGCACAACCAGACCCGGACCUGUAACGCCGCUACAAGC